GCUGUCAAACUGAUGACAUGUCUCGAUCUUGUUCAUUUUCGAACGGAACGCAGUCCCGUCAAAAAUGGCCUCUAUGUUCAGUGUUUUGCUGCGAAAAUCCGCAAAUUUGGGCCAAACAGCGGCCUUAGCGAAGAAUUUACCAGCCCUUUAUAAUGUGAACAGCCAACGUAACGCACACAGAUGGAUGCCCGAUGCAGAGUACUUGAAGCAGUUCGAAGGAGCCGUGAUAUACCCUGAUGAGGUCACUUCGCUGCUGAAACACCCACCUUAUCAUGGUGUGGUGGCGCCCGGAGAGAAGCAAGUGAGGAACAUGGUGCUGAACUUCGGCCCCCAGCACCCGGCCGCUCACGGAGUGUUGCGACUGGUGCUUGAGCUGGACGGAGAGACGGUCCGCGCAGCAGACCCGCACAUCGGGCUCCUGCACCGCGGCACGGAGAAGCUGAUAGAAUACAAGACGUACACCCAGGCGCUGCCCUACUUCGACCGCCUGGACUACGUCUCCAUGAUGUGCAACGAGCAGUGCUACAGCUUGGCCGUCGAGAAGUUGCUGAACAUCGACAUACCGCUGAGAGCUAAGUAUAUCAGAACUCUAUUCGCUGAAAUAACCCGCCUGUUGAACCACAUCAUGGCAGUCGGUACCCACGCUCUUGACGUGGGUGCUCUCACUCCAUUCUUCUGGCUGUUUGAGGAGAGAGAGAAGAUGAUGGAGUUCUAUGAGAGAGUCAGUGGAGCCAGGAUGCACGCUGCCUACAUCAGGCCGGGAGGAGUUUCUCUCGACAUGCCACUAGGCCUUAUGGAUGACAUCUACGAGUUUUCAUCCAAAUUCGCGGAGCGUUUGGAUGAGGUGGAGGAUGUGCUGACCACCAACAGGAUCUGGGUGCAGAGGACCAAGGACAUCGGGGUCGUCACCGCGCAGGACGCUCUCAACUACGGCUUCAGCGGUGUAAUGCUCCGCGGGUCGGGCAUCAAAUGGGACCUGCGCAAGUCGCAGCCGUACGACGCGUACCAUCUGGUGGACUUCGACGUACCUAUUGGCACCAACGGGGACUGCUACGACAGAUACCUGUGCCGCGUGGAGGAGAUGCGUCAGUCGCUCCGCAUCAUCGACCAGUGCCUCAACCAGAUGCCGCCCGGCGAGGUCAAGACGGACGACGCCAAGCUCACACCGCCUUCUCGCGAGGAGAUGAAGACGUCGAUGGAGGCCCUGAUCCACCACUUCAAGCUGUUCACGCAAGGCUACCAGGUGCCGCCCGGGUCCACCUACACGGCCGUGGAGGCCCCCAAGGGAGAGUUCGGCAUCUACCUCGUCUCUGAUGGAGGAUCCAAGCCUUACAGAUGCAAGAUCAAGGCGCCCGGCUUCGCCCACCUGGCCGCUCUGGAGAAGGUCGGCAAGAACUCCAUGCUGGCAGACAUCGUGGCCAUCAUCGGCACGCUCGACGUGGUCUUCGGAGAAAUUGACCGAUAAACACCGAUUUUUAGUACAAAAAUACCGGUUUUAUUCGAAAAUACCGAAAUUCCGUAAAUUUAUAUACCGGAAUUAAUGAUGAUUCAGUGCUAUGUGCCGAGUUUUUUUAUGAUCAAUAUAUAAUAUAACAAAUUAACUAACUAAUAUAUAAAGCUGAAGAGUUUGUUUGUUUGAAUGCGCUAAUCUCCGAAACUGCUAGUUCAAAUUGAAUAAUUAUUUUUAUGUUGGAUAGCCCAUUUAUCGAGGAAGGCUAUCAAAUAGGGGUAAAUCAAACAAACAAACUUAAUAAUGCAUUUAUAUAUUUACGUUUUGAAAUCGUGGUCCCACAAAAGUGAGAGUGAGAUGCAAACAUCUUGUCGUGUCACUCGCACACGUGAAUUAUAAUAGAUCUGACGUCUUAACCUAUGUCUUGCUACUCUGUUUUUAAUUAUUAUGUUAUCGGCUUACUCACGUAACUGUUUGACGAGGAACUCGACUAGUUUCAAGCCAUGCUAGAGGCUCAUAUUCAUGAACAGCAUUCCGCGACACACGACGCGGCGAUUGUCGCGUUGCUACUAGUCUACUAGUCGAGUUCCUCGUCAAACAGUUACGUGAGUAAGCCGAUAACAUAAUAAUUAAUGUAGUAUGUCUCACGAAAGUUAUAAUAAAAUUAUACUCUGUUUUUUGUUACGUUUUUCGGUAUUAUCCCAUAAAACUGUAUUUUAGCUAAGCGAAACGUGAAUAGUGUAAAAUGUCAGCGUAGAUUUCCAUGUAUAUUUCUUUCUUUUUUAAUUUUUAAGCAAUAAAUUAUUGUUAAAUAAUUUUGAAGCUUAUUUCUCUGUAUAUAAGUGUGUUUUCCUUUGAACCCUGAGUUUUGAUGUUUAUGAGGAACAUUCAAGAAAUUAUAUCAUGUGAUUUAUUC